AACACCCUCUUCUCUCUUGUUAGGAGUGAUUUGGGCCCCGACGUUGGCUAUGAAGCUAUUGGUCUUGUGGACAGUAGUUUGCCCACAGUUGGUGUUUUUGCAAAAGCAACUGCACAAGACAACCCCAAAUCUGCCACAGAGCAGUCAGGAACUGGUAUCCGAUCAGAGAGUGAGACAGAGGCCGAGGCUUCAGAAAUUGCUAUUCCUCCCAGCACCCCGGCAGUUCCACAGGCCCCCGUCCAGGGGGAGGACUAUGGCAAAGGUGUCAUCUUCUACCUCAGGGACAAAGUGGUCGUGGGGAUUGUGCUAUGGAACAUCUUUAACCGAAUGCCAAUAGCAAGGAAGAUCAUUAAGGACGGUGAGCAGCAUGAAGAUCUCAAUGAAGUAGCCAAACUAUUCAACAUUCAUGAAGACUGAAGCCCCGCAGUGGAAUUGGCAAACCCAGUGCCACCCCGAAGGGUCGGAUGGGUAAAGGAGCGUUUUUUUAUUCUGCAGACUUUCUCUGUGUAUAAGUGUGAAUGAUCAAGUCCUUUGUGAAUAUUUUCAACUAUGUAGGCAAAUUCUUAAUGUUCACAUAGUGAAAUAAAUUCUGAUUCUUCUAAAUUAAA